CCAACAUUUGAUAAUUUUCUCAGAUCAAUAAACUGAACUGCCAGCUGUUUCUCAUAGUUGAAUCAUAUAUGUAGUUGACAAUAUGGAGAUAUGUAUAUGGAUUGGGAUAUUUUUGUUUUACAUUCCUAAAUUUUCUUCAUCAACGCAUUAUCAAAUACAAGAAACGAAAGUACCAUGCCACCCUUGCCAUGUACAUUUAUCUUAUGGAGACAGUCCAUCCGACAUUACAGUGAUGUGGGCUACGGAGCAGAAUUGUAAUUCUACGUUAAGUUAUGGAACUGAUCCAUGGAAUUAUCACAAUACUAUUGAUGCUGAAAUGACACAUUUUGAUCAUCCAACAUCGAAUGGUUUGACAUGUAUUUACAGAGUACCUCUAAAGAAUCUUCAACCAAAUACAACAUAUUUCUACAGACCAACAAGUGGUGGAAUCAGUAGCGGACCACAUUUCUUCAAGACACCAGAACAGGCAACGAACAUAACCCCAGAGUUUCUGAUCUGUGGGAAUCAUGGUGGCGGUGAAGAAGAUAGCAUACCAUACAUAGAUACAGAAGUUUUAUCGGGACAGUACGAUGCAGUCCUACAUGUGGGGAAUUUCGCACCAGACCAAAAAAACAAAACAGACGAAAAUACAACGAUGUGUUAUCCACGUUCUGGAGAUUUUUACAUGUCUAUGAUGUCCAACAUGGCUGCACGAAUUCCACAUAUGGCAACUCCUGGAAACCAUGUAACAGGAGAUUUAUUUAGCCAAUACAGACAUUGGUUUUCUAUGCCUGGAACAUCGUGGCCAAUACCCCUUGACAGAAUGUGGUACAGUUUUGAUAUUGGACCAGUUCAUUUUAUCAGCUAUUCGACAGAAGUAUAUUUCUUAGAUAACGAACUAUACAUACAGGCACAAAAUAACUGGUUGAUGCAAGAUCUAACGACAAUAAACUUGAACCGUUCAGCUCAUCCUUGGAUUGUAGCUUUUGGACACAGACCUAUGUAUUGUUCUAGUGGUGAGGACUGUGCGACAUCAGAUUCUAAAGUUCGAAAGGGAUUAGAGAAUCUAUUUUUUACUUAUGGUGUUGAUGUCAUUAUACAAGCACAUGGACAUUCUUAUGAAAGAUUGUUCCCAUUAUACCAAGGACAAGUUUUAAGUAAUGACUAUACCAACCCUAAGGGACCAGUUCAACUGAUUACCGGAACAUCAAAUGAUCAAGUAAAUGUAAAGAGUGAGACAACUCAACCAUGGUCUGCCCUACGUAUUGGAGGAGAGGGAUUGAACAGUUUUAGUAGAAUGAAAGUGUACAACACCACACAUCUAUUGUGGGAACAAAUAUCUCCAAAAGACAAAAAAGUCUUAGACACUAUCUGGAUUACUCAGGAGCGCCAUGGCCCAUUCAUAGCUCCUCCUAAACCUAAAGAACCAAUAAGCAAACCUAAAGUAAACAUUGAAGGUGAUACGCCUGUAAGUAACAAGGGUGAAAGUGAAAAAAUCCCGAGUAAAGCUACGGACACUGCCUCUGCAACGGGAAAUGAGAACACAUCGGGGAAACCGUCGUCUUCAGUCGUUGAAUUCUUUGAUCAGACAUCGAAUAAAGUGUUAGUUGGUGUUGGUGUCGGAAUUAUCUCAUUAGCACUUAUAAUAAGUGUUGUCGUAUUGAUAAAAAAGAAGCAAAGAAUAAGAAGUUAUAGACGAUGGGACGCUACUGUCGAUUAUGGACGGAAAUUCUAUUCAGCGUAUUCACAAGUUGGAAAAGACGAGAAAGAUGGGAGUGAUUUUGAAGUAGACUCAACAGAAGGCAAUCCUUCAUCAAAACUUUUAGCAGAUAAAUAAUGAUAUAAGGCGUAGACAUUAUUAAAAUAAUAUACAUUCUAAGAACUGCUCAAAAGGAGAGAUGUGUUUGAACCUCAAACAUGAUUAUCAAGAGGAGGUUGUGAUGUCAUGAAAUAUCACAAAGAGAUCCUGCUAGUUCUUUAACAGGGGAACUUAUCGAGAAUUAUAUAUAAAUCAUUUGUAUCAUCAAUUAAGACAUUUUCAUUAUUUUCAUCAUAUUUUUUUCACAAUAUUU